AUGGUGGAGAGGAUUUUUGACUCUACACUCCCGCUUUACGUUGUCCCCAUUCCUGCACAUGCCGCCAUAGCAGCAAAUGCAGGCACAGACGGAGCAUCUUCCUUCGGGAUCAGCCCUUUGGAUCAAGACUCCGUCCCAGGCGCAUAUGCAUCUUCUAGCUCGCUUAUGACGACUUUCCUUCCGCUCAAUUUUUGGUUAAUGGCCUCGCCUGCGGGAAUCUCUGGAAGUUCCUCAUCACCAUUGGGUUCUUAUACUACUACAUGUACCCGCCGGCAGUUGUCCGUCCAACUUGAGCGCGGGAAAUCGGAUGGGCAGCGAAGACUCGACGAAGAGGGUUAUGGGCGCAUGCGCGCGGAACAGCAAAUACUGGUUCCUCUUGAAUCUUUUACAGAACAAUUGGCAGCCUUCCUGAAGGCCACGGCCCCACCGCACAAUAAUGGCGGUGCGGCAGCACCUGUUAUGCCUCCAAAGGUUGAUCGUCUCUCUGACGAUGGCAUGAAGCGGCGACUUGCACAAAUGGCUAUCUCAGCCCUGGCAGAAGUGAGCGCUCUUAAGGCUCGUCUUUCGGAAACACUUCGCGACACGGACUCCUUUACACAUUCCAUUACUGCCGAGAGAGAUGCCCUUAGGGCAUCUCUAGAUGGUCUUUCCUCUUCACUUGAGAAGCUUGGACGAGACGGGAGCACUGCCCAAGGCACUACUACCAUGCUUGGACCACUUGCGGAGCGUAUUGCCUUGCUUAAGGAUGCCCUAAGAGAUCGAGACCUUUCUAUGGCGCGGAGUUCAGAACUGGAGGCAACUCUUCGUAAAAGAGAUGAUGAAAUCGCAGUGCUAACUGCAUCAGUCACCAAAUUGAGGGACGAACUUUCGCGCGUCGAUACGCUACGCUCAGAGCUUGCACGAAAACGUGCGCUUUUGGAGGAAAUAGAAUCUGUUUCAGCUGAGCGGGAGGAGCGCAUCGUCGCCCUUAAGACAGAGCUACGUGCAGCUAAAGAGGCAAAGCUUGACACGGAAUUGUCGAUGAAAAGUGAUGAGGCCCUUAAAUUGACCGAAGAAUUGGUAACGUUUCAGGCAGAAGUGCGCGCAGCUAAGGGAAAAACUCGAGCCAAAUCUGCAAUUAUCCAUUCCAAGUCGCAGGAGCUUGAGGCAGCGCUUUCCAAUCUCGCUGAAGAGAGGGCAAAUAUUUCUCUGCUGACUGAGGCGUUGAAUUCUGCCCAGGAGCGCAUUAGUCAGCUCGAAAACGAAAACAAGGACCUAAGGGGCAGGAUAGACAAGUAUGACAGGGGUGGCGAAAGCGAGGUAAUUGCCCCGCCCACUGCCUCUGCUUUUCAAAAAAAGACUGGUGCUGGCGGCGCAAACACGCUUGCAGAUCUGCAUUCAAUGAUCACCAGAUUGGGAAUGGCCACACCUGGGGGGCAUUUAUCUUCAAAUCCUGUAGGAACAGCCAUAUCACCCCCUCUUCAAAGCACAUCAUCUUUUAGCCCUGUCGAGCCAGGCGAUCUCCCUACCCCUCCACAGCCCUCCGGGCAUCUCAUAUAA